GUUCAGUUUAGUUCUUUGCAAUACCGUGUACCAGCUUUCUAGUACCAGAGAGAAGUUUUAGUUCGUUCUAAGCGUUAGCUAAAUUAUAAUUACCCAAAUCACCAUGAAGUGUUUUAUUGCCAUUGCCCUGCUUGCCGUUGCCGCUAGUGCAUCGCCAAUCGAUUACGGACACUACGGAGGACUGGUGCAUGCCGCCCCAGUCUUACAUGCAGCUCCAGUUGUGAAACAUGUCGUUGCUGAGCCUGUUGCCUACCCGAAAUACUCGUUCAACUAUGGCAUCAAGGAUCCCCAUACCGGUGAUAUCAAGUCCCAAGCCGAGGAACGCGACGGUGAUGUUGUCAAGGGACAGUACUCCCUCGUCGAACCAGACGGUUCCGUGCGCACCGUUGACUACACCGCCGAUGACCACAACGGAUUCAACGCCGUCGUGCACAAAUCUGCCCCAGCUGUCCACAAGGCCGUAGUUGCUGCCCCAGUCUACCACCACGCCCCAGCUCUCAGCCACUACAUCCACUAAGUUCGCUACACUGCAACUGGGGUUGAGCUGAGCCAAGUUGCAUCCGUGGAAUGGCCACCGGCAAGGCUCACCCCCAUUUAGUCACUCUCUCACAAAAACACGAAAGCCAACAACAACCACAAACUGUCUCCGCCAAGAAGCUUCAACUCAUUGAACCGCGUCUGAACUCCCCCACAGCGUGGGAUUACAUCGCAAGCCACUACUCACUCGUUAAUCGUUAAGCUACUACACAUGGAUCAUACGUACCAAGCCCGCUAUCAUCGAUUGUAAUCGUUUAUAUAUUGUUUGUUUGUUAAGUAAUUAUCGAAUUAUUCGCGUUUCAUACUUAGCCUAUUACACCUUCGUCUACCGCACAAACUCAGAGCGCGUUACUCGCCUACACAAUUGCUCGGCACCUGUUUCCGCCAACACUUUGUCUGCUUUCCAACACUGUCCUUAACCUUUCGGUCUCCACGAUAACGGAACCGCGAAAGCGCACACACUUUCACUCUCUCGGCACAAGCAUAAGCGUGCCAAAUAACAACGACGAGAAACGUAAACAAAAACAUCUCAGCGAACGUUAAGUUCGGCUCUGUUCUUCAACCAUCCGCCACCACGUGCUUAAUGGGUGCUCUUGCGCGCGCUUCAUCACCGAUACUCCCGAACUGAGUGACCCCUACUUCUCGUGAGAGCACAUACGCAAACACGCGCCACAGCGGAAAGUGUAGCGCAACCUGACCUCGCUGCCAUCUGUUGGAAAUGAACGAAACAAAAAAAAAACUGUGUCCUCGGAAGAACCAAAAAUGAAACAACAAAACUAAUCCUGGACGACGUGAGAAUGGCGCCUUUCGAAGGAGCAAGUCAAACCGUUGUCACCAGACCUAGAAAAAAAAUCAUCUCAUCUCAGGGGGACUUAUUUUCAAGUCACACCCCGUAAUGCAGCCGAGUGAAGAUCCCAACGCAUCGAUAUCUGGUGACGUUUUGAGUGCUAGCAAUCGCCCUACCCUCGAAUGUGAUAAUUGUUAUCUGCCAUUACCUCUGUUACACACUAUCUUUCAAACUGAUCUUCUCCUAUACACUCUUUGUAGCUAUCGAGUUUUGUUUUGUGUAUAAAACCUAAAAAUCCGCGUAAAACCCCCCCUUAGGUAUCUAUUUUCCUCCUUAGUCAACUGCGCUUUAGACAAAACAUGUGAACGAACCAAUAUGUGAAUUGUUUUUAUACGAGAAAAAAAACUGUACUUUUACUAAAGACUAGAAAAUUGCGCCCAUCGCAGGAUGUGGGAAGCAAAACCAAAAAAACAAAAACAUCAAACUGUAAAUACAAAAAUUUAAAAAACG